AAAGGCAUUUGCUCUCUGCUUUUUAUGCGCUCACAGGCUCGAGAAUAUAUCUCUUAUGCUUUAAUUCGCAAUUAGGAGCCGUACGUACGUCUGGAAAUCGGCAAUUUUUUUACAACACUGGCAGGAGUUAGGAAUAUUCCUCGGGAUUUCCAAGAGGAAAUCACACUCAGAAUGGAUCUCUCCCAGAAUAAAAUCUAAAAUUCUUCCCAUAGCCUAUAAGGUCCUCUGUGGGCUGGCCUUGUAACCCUUUCCCCGCUCCCCCAUUUCCACUCCCGCUACCUUCCAUAUUCACCCCUUUCCAGGUAUACUGUGCCUCUUACAGUUUGUCAGUUAUGUCAGCCACACUCCCACAUACUGUCACCUCAGGGCCUUUGCACCUGCUAGCCCCCUGCCAGGAAUGUUCUUUCCCAGCUAUCUGCCUGCUUGUUCACUGCCUUACUUCAAUCAGGACUCACUCAAAUGUCACUGUGUCAGGUGAACCUUCACCAGCCGCUAGUAACACAUACUUUCUAAAGUCAGCCACUGAAACUGACCCUUUUAUUCCUAUUUUAUUAACAUCUCCCAGCUGAACUUUAGGAAAUUUGAUGAGUUUACCUAAAGCCUUAUUGAUGAUGCUUGCAUUUUUAUUUAAAAGGGCAAAAUGCCGUAACUCUGUUUCCUUUUGGUUUUGGUUUUGUUUGCUCGUUGUUGUGGCUGUUUUUCCAAAUGCCUUCGCUUCUGCUGUGCCCUCCAAAAUCCAAAGCCAUGGAGUUUGUUUCUAAAGAGAGCUUUUGGGACGAUUUAUUAAAUGAACCCAUGAACUCAGUGGAAACUGAGAGCUACGAUAACAAGGUUCUCAACAGCUCCUAUCAGGUAGUGUUUAGGACCGUGCUCAAAGAAAUGGCUGCUCGCCAAGAAGUGGAAGAGGAUAUUGACAUCCCCCUGACUGGGAUUCUGGAGAGUGAAACCAGGAGGAAACUGGGAAUUCUGUUGAAGAAAAAUUUUGGAAAAUACAAGCAAACAAUCCUCUGGAUUAUGAAGAAACGUGAAAACUUCCUCGCGACCAAAAGUGCGGAGACGUCGACUUUCACAUUUCACUUAUGGAAACAGCCACCACAAGGUGAGGAGCCUGUGACAGAAGCCAAAAAAACUCGCCCUGUGGUUUAUCGUAAGAAGAAAUUGGAAGUAGAUACGGGAUGGGUACACAGCAAGACUGAGGUGCCUCAAGGUGAUGGAAAAUUAAUUCUCUACCCCAGUGGGAUUGUCUUCCAAAUUCUCUUUCCUGAUGAAUCGGGCCAAAUACAUUAUCCAUCAGGAAAGCUGGCUAUGCUCAUCCUCAGUACAAAACAGAGAAAGUUCAUAUAUAUCAUUCUAGAAGACAGUGAAGAAGGUUGUGUCCGGGCCCUUAUCAACAACUCCGGCCAUGCCACCUUCUACGAUGAAAACAAAGCAAUCUGGUUGAGCCUGAGCCAAAACCUGGGCUACUACUUCCCCAAAGGCAAAUACCAGAAGGCCUGGAACUGGUGGAAUCUGAACCUGCACAUCCACGCGCCGCCCGUCCAGUCCAUCUCCUUGACAAUCAACCAGUACAUCAAAGUACAAAUAAGGAGCCAGGACAAGAUCACCUUCUGCUUCAACCACCAACAGAAGCACAUCCGCUUAAACCUGGGCACCAAGUACAAGUCCGUAACCCCGGAGGUGCUGAGUGAAAUGAGGCAGAAAGCAAUCCUGGAGGUAGAAUGUGGUUCAGCGGCCCGGAAGAUGCAGAUCCUCCUGGGAAAAAUGAGUAGGAUCCUGAAUUUCCUGACCAUCCCUGAUUUGGAAAACUUCAUAGCGGCUGCCAGUUCCUUGGCAGUAGGCAACAUGAAACGGAAGGAGAAAUCGUACCUCCCAGACUAGGACAGCCACCAGCUGGUGACCGGCCACCCACCCACCCCACCACCACCCCCCCCCCGCCCCCCGCCAGCAUCCGCUGAGCGUCUCAGAAAGGUGGAGUCAUCAAGAGCACCAAGGAAAACCCCAAAGCCCUCUUCGUGUCUUCUGAGGGUUGGUUUGUCAUUUGGGACUUAUCACAGCGCCUCAGUUUGGAAAACCAUUUUUCAAGGGGCUAAGAGACUCUGUAGCCGGGCACAGAAAAGACUCGGCCCUGAGCCGAUAGCACGAGAAGCACAUUGUUUCGGUAGGCAAUACAUGUCAACACCCGCCCCGCUCGCUUCCACUGGUCACUUCCACGCGGAAGUUCUGUCGCGGCCUACUUGGGUUGACUCAGGACACAGACGGUCUCAAAGCCAGCCUCUCCCCGCUGGCUGGAUCAGGAGGCCACUCUUGGUGCAGUCCUGUGUGGUAAGGAAGGGCGCGGCUGUGUCUUGAUAUCUCUGCGGGGGGAGGGGCAGUUUCUAGAAAAGGGGGACUUAGGGGCCGGACAGCCCCCUACUGUGUGCCUUUCAUACAUCCCUAGGGUACCCCAGCUCCCCAGGAUGACCUCCACUGCAGCUUAAACCAAGACUGGAUAGGAAACCCCUUCCUCCCAGCCAGCCUGGCAAGGGGCCAAUGAGCCAUCCCCCUGCUGCCACAGUGACACCAGAGCCCCACCUUCGCAGCCCCGCUUCCCUGCUGAUCUCACCCUGCCUGCCACCAACCUUCACCGAAGUCCUCAUCACCCCGAACCAUGACAACUGGAAGAGAGGGCUGGCAGUGGGGGCCGUGCACGGUCACUCCCCACCAUCCGCCAUACCUUGUCGGCAAAUGGUAUCAUCAGCUAAAACAACAGUCGCCUGAUGGCAAGGUCACGAGCCACAAAUGACGCCAGCACCGUAGCAGCCGCCCGUGCAAGCCCGCGUCAGCCCGCGUCAGCGUUUGACGCGCCCUGUUGGUUCUGCGCCCAUGCUCAGGGCGCACAGAAGCCCUUUUUCCAGCAGGCACUAGAGACCUAAGUUGGUCUGGGCAGCCGCCAAGUUCCCCCAGGCUCG